AUGAUGAUAGCUGGUACUAAAAGGGCGAGGGAAGAUAAUGACGAGUUGACGACGGAAGUUUCUGCCGCAGUACGGCGUAUGUCUAAUGAAGUAGAUGAUAUGAUUGGGAGUGUCGGGAAGGUGAAUAGUGCCGUCUUGGACUCCGCCGUGCAGGCGAGUACACUUCUGCAGCACAUGCUGAGCGCCUCCAGCACCUCCAACGUGCAGUUGUGGGAACUACUCACACAGAGUCAAGAGAGUCGCACAGCAACGGCACUGAGUCACAUUCGAACUGCUGAUGACGCUCGUCGUAACGCUCUAUCUGUUUCUGUAUUACAACAACAACUGACAAACUCUACCGUAUCCGCAGCAGAAGAAGUGGCGAAAGGUCUUGACACUGCCAACAGUACAGCAGUCACUUUGUUUUCAUCACAGUUAGCAGGUGAACAAGAGACAAAUGAAAAACUUGUUUCACAUGCUCAAGAGUUUAUGCGAAAAUCUCUUGAUGCGAUACAAUCAUAUUCACGUAGGGCGUUAAAUGCUGAACUUUCUUUAACUAAAAAAAAUCUUGCAGUUGCCCGACUUCAAAGUUCUCUUUCCUUUUAUCAGAAUGCGUUUUUGAGGCAUCAUAGUGAAAUUUUGUCUCUAAUCAAAAUUGUUCGUCUUCUUGCUGCAAAAAAUAAAGAUGCGGAUCUUGCAAACUCCGAAUUACGUCAGGCUAAAGCGCAUGUGAGACUGUUAGAAAAACAAUUGGAUCUUGCUGGAAUUGUUCAUGCUAUUGUACCACCAGAUUUUGUUCCUUAUUGUACACCUUCACCUCCUCCUUGUGAGGCAUUAAAACGCAACGCACCGGAGUAUUUUGCUCUAAGACUUCUUGAACAUAAAGAUAUGACGCUUUCCGAGCUUGUAGAUUCAUGGCAGAAACAAGAAUCACGCAUAAUGGUCGCAGAGGAAAAAUGCCGCGAUUUGGAAAAAUCUGCAGAAACGCUAAGGCGUGAAGCUCUCGUAGUCCAUCAGGGAUUUCUUGAGGAGAAACGUCGCCGGGAAGUUGUGGAGCACCGCCUUGUGGAUAUUGUGCGGGAACGCAUUAACCCAAGUGGCAAUGACGCUCUUCUGCGGCAGCUUACACAGUUACGGUCUGAUUACACGAAGGUGCUGGAUGAUUCCGCACAGAUUGCAACUUCACUCAGUUUGACCCGUGAGAUAUUAGCCAGAGAACAAAAACGAAAUGCCAUGUUAGAGGCGAAAAUGCAAGAAAUGAAAGAUGAUGCUGAAGUUGAUGAGGUGGCUAAUACAUUGUCCUCACUAAGGCGCUACUAUGAGGAGGAACUUGAACGUUUAAGAAACACUGUGGUGGAUGCAGAGACACAGAGUGCUUUGGCAGUGACGCAUGCAGAGGAGCAACAGGAAUUAGCUGUAAGUGCAUAUAAUGCUCUAAAACUCACAGAACAAACUGUUACAGAUAUUUCUGCUGCUCUUUCUCGAACAGAAGAGCAAAUAUUAACAGAACAGCAGCGAAUAGGUGUUAGUCAUAUUAAUAGUAUUGCGCAGGAUGGACUUGAGGCCAUUGCACAGAGUGAGGCUCAUCUCAAGAAGGCAAUGUCGUCAUUUCAGAAAGUAAUGAGUGAGACAGAGACAAAGCGUGAGAAGGACUUGGCAACUUUUGGAGAACAAAUUACACAACUUGUUGCAUCAUUUAAAACUCUUCAACCUAUUGCAUCUCAUAACAGUGAAGAUACGACAGGAACUAACACAAUGGUUUCAAAGCAGCAACAACAAGAGAUCCGAACUAUGAUGAGGGAAGCACUAACAUGGGCGCUACAAUUUGUCUCUGAUGAGUUGGAAACAGGUGAAGCAUCAAAGACAGCUCUUUUAGAUACGUCUAUCUCUGAUGCACGUAAUGUACGUUUACUAUUUGAAAAAGUACGUGAAUUAACGGAGGAAAGAGAUGCGGCACUAGAUCGUUUAGCACGCUGUGAACGUCUUAUUGAUCAGCAUAGUCUUACUGCUAUUGAACGUGUACUUAUGCACGAAGUUUCUGUUGAAGAUUCACUGGAUGCUAUUGAAGCAACUGAACAAAUUGCGACGCUACGUGAUAAAGUAUCCUCUCUUGAAACUAUUCGUUCAGCUGCUCUUGCAGAAGUAGAGGGGUUGCGUGCAGAACUUCAACGUGAUUGCGAACUCAAUGAGCAUAGUGAAGUUCGUCUCAAACUUCUCGAACGACAGAACAGCCGUCUCGUAACAUCACUGCAGGAAUCUUUGACGCGUGAGGUGACUCUUAUUCAACAGGUACGUCAGUUGCAGCAAAACUUGAAGCGAUGGGCACCAUGCAGUGAAAUGGAAGUUGAAGGUCGUGAAGGAACACCAGAAACAACACCAUUAACAGAGUCAACCAAAACAGCAACAGUAGUCGUAGAAGAUCUGAAGCCAGAAGAACAACAACAAGAAAUGGCGAAGCGGUUAGAAGAGCUGUGCAGUUCUAUUCUAGAAAUGAAGCAGCAGCUUGUGCAGAUGCAAGUGACGACAUCUACAAAGAGUACGCCCGGCGAUGAACAGGAAGAGACACAGUUGCUACGUCACGGUGUGCGACACGUGGCGGAUGCUCUGCGUGAAACACUACGCCGCGCUGAGUUAUUCCGGCAUGCGCUGCCAGUAAACACUACAACAUUAACGGGAACAGAAGCCCCGUUAGGGGAGACGACUGAAUCUGAGAACACAACUGAUGAAGUUGCUGAGGUGCGACAUCGUCUUGAGACGUCUGUUAACGCUCUCGCGGCUGACGUUACGGCGCGAGAUGGAGAAUUGUCACGACUGCGUGGCGAACUGGACGCCCGCGAGCAAAGAGAAGAGGCACUGAAAAAGGCACAGGAAGAUUUGGUUCAGCAGAAUGCAGAGCUUCAGCGAAAAGCUGCAAGACUUGUGCAUAUCAAUAAACAGCUCGUAGAGGAGUUAAAGGCCGCCCGGAAUACCGGCGAAGCUUCACCAACUUAA